GGCCGCGGCCGCGCUAAGAUGGCGACUCCCAUGCAUCGGCUCAUAGCCCGGAGACAAGCUGAAGCAAAUAAGCAACAUGUAAGAUGUCAGAAAUGCUUGGAGUUUGGACAUUGGACUUAUGAAUGCACAGGAAAAAGAAAAUACCUACAUAGGCCUUCAAGAACAGCAGAACUAAAGAAAGCUUUAAAAGAAAAAGAAAACAGACUGUUAUUACAACAAAGCAUUGGAGAAACUAAUGUAGAAAGAAAGACCAAGAAAAAAAGGUCUAAAAGUGUAACCAGUUCCAGUAGCAAUAGCAGUGACAGUUCAGCCAGUGAUUGUUCAUCAGAUAGUGAAGAAACGUCUACCUCAUCCUCCUCAGAAGACAGUGACACUGAUGAAAGCUCCUCUAGUUCAUCAUCCUCGGCCUCCUCCACAACCUGUUCCUCCUCCUCCGAGUCAGACUCAGAUUCCAGCUCUUCUGGUAGCAGCAGCACCAGCACAGAUAGCAGCUCUGAGGAUGAACCGCCAAAGAAAAAGAAAAAGAAAUAGAAUUGCUCCAUACAUAGUGGACUGAUGGACUGAAAACAUUAAUGUGAUUCUCAAAAGGGAAUUUAGAAUAUAUUAAGGCCAAAUGGGUUAACUGGUCAAAAUUUCUAGAAUUCAAAAGUUUCUAAAUGUUUUACAUUGUAAGAGCAUAAAGAGUAUUAAUAAUAAUGGAUUAUAAAGACUUUUUUAUUUUAAGGGUGAAUCUUGUUCUUUUUUUAUCUGUAUCUCUAGAACUGAAUCAAGGCUGAAAUCUGUAAAUCUGUUUUUGUGAUGAAACUUAUCUUUUCUCCCUGUGAAAUAAAUGCCAUACUGUGUUACAGGUUAAUAGUAUGGAUCAGACAUGUUUUCAGGAUGGUGCAUCAGAAUAUCUGGCAAUGAAUUUCUAAUGCUUUUGGCCGUGUGUUAUUAUGUAAGGGUUAAUAUGUUGUUACUAUAAGCUUGGGAGUUUCCUCCUGUUAGUAAAUGUGCUCUAUUUUUA